AUGAAACGCUCAAUUUCAUUCUAUGGUAAAAAACCAGUCAAGCAAAAUAAGAAAUUCGAUUUGACACAUUCACUUAAUAUUAUCUGCUAUGAAAGAAUUAAUAACAAAUUCAUGGAACAAAUAAUGGACAUCUUUGGGGAAUUUGCCACCAUUAAAAUAAGACCCCAAACUAGUAAUGUCAUUAAUCUUCAUUGCAAUAGUAAUGACAAUUAUAUUCUUUGCAAAGAUAUGCUUGAUAGUGUACACAAUGAUUUAAUAUUGAAAUUCUUCCCAUCACCUGCUGUAUUCGAGCAUAGCUUGUACGCUCUAACUCACUCUACACACAUAUAUUCACAACACAUUGAUAUGAUUAAAUCACUAAUCAAACACUCAGUUAAUAACGAUAAUACUAUACUUAUCUCCCAAAUGUAUACAAACCAAUCACAUGGUAAAUAUAUAAUUAGAGUUUCAUACGAAAACGAAGAUGUGUGCGAAGUUAUUAGAAAGAAGCUUAAUUUAACUAAUUACAAAUCUGUUGAACAAUUGCGUAAUGAAACUCCUACUAAUGUUUCAGAAUGUUUAUUUCCACCUACCUUUACAAACAAGGAAAUCAUCGAUGGUGUUACUCGUGCAUACGAACGCAUUAAAAAAGAUUUCAAUACUAACCAAUGCAUGAUAACUGAAUCCAAAAACAAAUCCAAUACCACUACCUUUAAAUUAUGUAAAGUCGUCCAUUCAAAUAUUGACGAAAUGAAUCUAUUUAUUGACAAGAAAAUUGUUCUCAAUACCAAACAAAACAUUACUGAUGGAACCAGUUACUGUUUCGUACCAUCUAUUAAACAAUUAGAUGAAAUAAUUGAAAGAAAACAAAAACAAUAUCCAUUUCUAACUAACUCUAAAUUACCGGAAGUAACUAAUCCUAUGAUCAAUCCUAUACAAUCUAACGAUAAUACCAGUUCAACCACUAAUUCUGUAGUUACUCCUACUAUUAAUACAACAACCAAUCUAUUUGAAACUAGACUAUCUAAUAUUGAAACUGAACUGCGUGAUUUUAAGAAAGCAUUAGCUGAUACAAUGGAACUUAUUGACAAAAUCUCCCAUUAUAUAAAUAAUAGUACUAAUAAUUCUAUUAUGCAAGAUGAUGAAGAAUCAAAAAGCUCAUCAUCUUGUACUCUUUCUAAAUGA